UUUAAUUAUUUUCAGCUGCUUCUUGUGUACUGCUUGAAUCUCCAAUCGAAUUUCAUUUCGUGACGUCACAGAACAAGGCUCAACAUGAAUUACGGCCGCAAGACGCCCUCGACCUAUCGGUCGAAUCCCUCGAUGUAUUCCCAUGCGACGGGCAGAUCGUCUACGAAUUUGCACUCGAAAAUGUCGCGCUCCACGCGAAGCGUUCGCAUUCCUUGGUACCAGCGGCCGCUCCUGAAGAACAACCAAUACAUCGAUAUACAGAAGGGAGCCAUGCUGAUUGGCCUGUUCGCUGUGUUUCUUUCGCUCUUCACCAUUGCCACCACGAUCUUUGACAUUUACUGCUAUGCGAUGGCUGCCCCAGGAUCCACGCAUUACGGUUACUAUAUUAUAUCGUAUGAGUUUGUCUACGUUGGGAACAAGCACGUCCGCAACAUGCUGAUCGUAUUCGCCCUCUUCUCGCUGAUUAUGGCCCUGGUGAACUUCGUUACCAGCAUCCUGCUGUGCGUGGCCUUGCGUAAGGAGUACGAGCGGAAGGUAAUGCCCUGGCUGUGGAGCUUUGCCAUUUUCACCAUUUGGCGCGCCUUGGCCCUCAUCUUCUUUGCCAUUGUGAACGACCUGUACUUUGCCUACAACAUCAUAAUGGUGCUGCUCUGGAGCAUCUUCUGCCUGGUCUCCAUCUACGGCUGGGCCGUUGUCUAUUCGCUGUUCCUGGAGCUGGUGGACCUGACCAAGCUGGAGGAUUUGGCGCACCUGCGCAUGGGCACCAUGGCCUCGCUGCACGCCUCAACAGCCAAUUCGCUGGCCGGCUCUCGUCCCACAACACCCCACAGCACGGUAUCCACAAUGCCAGUGGGUUAACUGUCGUAUCAAUCGCACGUUAAGCUCAAUAAUCCCGUCCAUUAGAACUCCUCUAAGCCAUGGCUUGGCAGGGAUUUAUGUGUAAACAUUCCACAUUCACCAGUUGCGUGCCUUAGAUGCGUUCAAUCCAUGUC